AUGGAGUGUUCCUGUAUGGAGUUGGCAUUAGAAGGUGAGAGGUUGUGUAAAGCCGGAGAUUGUAAGACUGGAGUACAGUUUUUUGAGGCAGCAGUUCAAGCUGGUACAGAUGAUCUAAAAACACUAGGAGCUAUUUAUAGUCAAUUAGGCAAUGCUUAUUUUUAUCUACAAGAAUAUGGAAAAGCCUUAGAAUAUCAUAAACAUGAUCUGAACAUGGCAAGAGCCCUAUCAGAUCGUGUGGGAGAAGCCAAGGCCAGUGGUAAUUUAGGGAAUACAUUGAAAGUGAUAGGAAAGUUUGAUGAAGCUAUAGCGUGCUGUAAACGACACCUGGAUAUCUCCAGAGAGAUUAAUGAUAAGGUUGGUGAAUCCAGGGCGUUAUAUAAUUUAGGUAAUGUUUAUCAUACAAAAGGUAAACACGUUGGUCGAAGUGGAAGACAAGAUCCGGGAGACUUUCCACCAGAAGUAAAAGACUGUUUACAGAAAGCUACUCAAUUUUAUGAAGAGAAUUUAAAGCUAGUACGAGAAUUAGGCGAUAAGGCAGCCCAAGGUAGAGCAUGUGGUAAUCUAGGCAAUACUCAUUAUUUAUUAGGCAACUUUACACAAGCAAUCCUUUAUCAUGAAGAGAGAUUAGCAAUAGCUAAACAAUUUGGUGACAAGGCAGCAGAAAGGAGAGCUUAUACAAAUCUUGGCAAUGCUCAUAUUUUUCUCGGUGAAUUUGAAGUAGCAGCUGAACACUAUAAGAGAAGUUUACAGUUAGCCAAACAAUUGAGUGAUAAAGCAUUAGAAGCUCAAGCAUGUUAUAGUCUGGGCAAUACAUACACAUUACUACGUGACUAUGAGAAGGCUAUAGAAUAUCAUAUGAAACAUCUACGUAUUGCCCAAGAGUUAGAUGAUAGAGUAGGUGAGAGCAGAGCCUGUUGGAGUUUAGGUAAUGCUCACACUGCUGUUGGAAACCAUGAAACAGCAAUUGAAUAUGCAAACAGACAUUUACAGCUAUCCCAAGAGAUAGGAGAUGAAAAUGGUCAAAUAACAGCUAAAAUGAAUAUAGCUGAUUUACGUUCAGCCUUAGGUAUAAUUUCUAAAGAUUCCAAUGGGUUAGUUGUUCAUUGUUCAAAUAUUAUUCAUUGUUUCUCAGGUAGAAGACCAUGUCGUGCCAGACGUCAUAGUAUGGAGAAUAUGGAACUGGUUAAAUUAACCCCUGAUAAAAAGGUAAGAAUAGUCAAAGAAUUGCCCUUAUUUAAAAGAGAUCUUGAAACGAUCUCAUGUUCUAAACUUCUAACACUGUUUCUGGGUUAUUCUAGCACCAAGAUCCUACACAACCAAGUGAAAUCCAUCAGCCCUGAUGUUCUGUUAUAUUUACAGCAGGUUGAUGAGACCACGGCAGAUGAAGAUAACUUCCUGGAUUUACUUAGCAGAUUUCAGAGUCGGAGAAUAGAUGAACAGAGAUGUUCCUUUAGAACUGCCGAUGAUCCUGUACCUAAUAAUACUGGGCAACAAGCACCUCCUUCACCAGAAAAUACAAAUGGUCCUCUACCACAAUCAGGUACUGAAGAACUGUUAGAUAUGGUAGCUGGUAUACAAGGUUCCAGGAUGAAUGAUCAAAGAGCAGAAUUACCACGAUUUCCAGGUUUAAGUUCAGGAGAGGUUGUUAUUGGUCAAUAUUUACAUCGUCCUGACGACCAGAAUAGAGCUGAUGAAGAUUUCUUAGAAAUGUUAAUGAGAAGCCAGGCAACGCGUUUAAAUGAUCAAAGAAGUGCUCUACCUCCUUUACUACCUGCUCCUACCUUACCUGACGAUGAUUUCUUUAACCUAAUACAGCGUGUACAGUCAUCUCGAUUAGAGGAACAGCGAACAGAUCUACCCAGUAAGAAAUCAAGUAUAAAAGAGAAAAAGAAGAAAAAGUAA